AUGGUCUGCGAGGUCACAUCCAGGGAUCACAAAGCUGUCGGUUCGCAAGACAGUGUCAAGAGCAUCUCUGGGCUUAGCUCUCCAACGAUGAUAGCUGGAACAUCAUACCAUAGGGCCCAGCUUAACGCCCAUAUCGCCGGCAUGUACACCGAGGGUGUCGUGGACGAGGACACAUUCGAGGAGCUGUGGGACGUGGACACCGCCGUUGAGGUCUCCCGCCUCUUCAUCUACGACGCCUCCGAGAUCAUCGACGGCAUCGACAUCCUGAUGUCCGCCCCCACGCCCUCUAUCAUCUCUCCCUCUGCUCGCUGUCUCGGGGAGGAGCCCGAAGUGGACUUUGACGAGGUGGAAGCCCUGACGCAGCAGCUCAUGCGGUGCACCUCCAAGUGA